ACACUAAUAGCAAGUUAAUAAAUGGUAUAAACAUGAGAAUUGUGCAACUCCGCCGCGGUCGCUUUCUGAAGGUGGUGCUAGGCAUCACUGGGCUAGUAGGACUUCUGUUACUUCUGGCGUCCCAGUCUCCACAUGGAGCCUCUAUCAGAUCUGCAGGUGCUCUUAUGAGCAAAGCCAAACAGGAGGUUGCUUUUUUACCGGAUAAAAUGGGGAACUUCGAGCCGCCCAAGCCUCCAACACGAGUAGGUCCUGGGGAGGGAGGUAAGGCCCACCUCUUAUCCCCCAACAAGCAGAAUGAAGGGUCCCAGUCUAUGAGUGAAUAUGGCAUCAACAUGGUGGUGUCGGACGAGAUUGCUAUGGACCGAGUGAUUCCGGACACCAGACAUUCAGAGUGCCAACACUGGGAAUAUCCUGAGGACUUGCCAACAACAUCUGUGGUUAUUGUGUUCCAUAAUGAAGGCUUCUCAACUCUUAUGCGCACAGUGCACUCUGUUAUUGAUAGAUCUCCUCCGCAGUUUUUGAAAGAAGUGUUGCUUGUGGAUGACUUCAGUGACAAAGCCAAUUUGAAAGAGCAAUUAGAAGACUACAUAACGAGAUGGAAUGGCAAAGUUCGAUUGAUACGCAACAAAGAACGUCAAGGCCUGAUCCGUACACGCACAACUGGAGCUGAAGAAUCUAGGGGUGAAGUCGUCCUAUUCUUAGAUGCUCACUGUGAAGUAAACAAGAACUGGCUUCCUCCCCUUCUUGCCCCAAUAUACAGAGACAAGCACACAAUGACAGUACCAGUGAUAGAUGGCAUAGACCACAGCACAUUUGAGUACCGGCCAGUUUACGGUCCUGGCACCAAUUUCCGGGGCAUAUUUGAGUGGGGCAUGCUGUACAAGGAGACAGAAUUACCAGCAGAAAUUGAACGCACACGCAAACACAAGAGUGCUCCUUACAAAGCACCUACACAUGCAGGAGGUCUCUUUGCUAUUAACAGAGAGUACUUUUUGAGUUUGGGAGCUUAUGACCCAGGACUGUUGGUUUGGGGUGGUGAAAAUUUUGAACUGUCAUUCAAGGUUUGGCAGUGUGGAGGCAGUAUUGAAUGGGUUCCUUGCUCUCGAGUUGGCCAUGUGUAUAGAGGAUUUAUGCCUUACAACUUUGGAAAAUUAGCUGAAAAGAAAAAGGGCCCACUUAUUACUAUCAAUUACAAGAGAGUUAUUGAGACAUGGUUUGAUGAUAAGUACAAGGAAUACUUCUACACACGAGAACCUCUUGCAAGAUAUUUAGAUAUGGGUGAUAUCAGUCAGCAGCUGGAAAUGAAGAAGCGUUUAGAAUGCAAGAGCUUCCAAUGGUUUAUGGAUAAUGUGGCGUAUGAUAUGCUAAGGAAGUAUCCCGAACUACCUCCCAAUCUUCAUUGGGGUGAGCUACGUAAUGCUGCUACUUCCCAGUGCCUUGAUACUAUGGGUCACCCAGCUCCAAGUUUGAUGGGUAUAGCACACUGUCAUGGGUUUGGUAACAAUCAGUUGAUACGGCUAAAUGCUGAAGGACAGCUAGGUGUAGGGGAGAGAUGUAUUGAUGCUGAUACCCAGGGGAUCAAGUUAAUUUUCUGCCAUUUAGGAACUGUGAAUGGUCCUUGGGAAUACGAUGAGACAAGUCAUUUGCUGUUCCACAAGAAGUUAGGGAAGUGUGCUUCUCUCCAUCCACAAAAUAACCAACUGUUGCUGCUUCCCUGCGACCCAGUCAACAACUACCAGAAGUGGAAUUUUAAGCAGAUUACCCCUAAGUGGUGAGAGGGUGUAAGAAAGGUUGUGAUAGUUUGUGCGUGAUUUUUUCCUGAGGACUGAAUUAUGUUUAAAUGAGUGUUGAAUAGAUAAAUAAGUAAAUGAGUUUAUAUGUAUGUACAUACAUAUAGUUUUAUGCAAAAGAAGGAAAUCACUAUUACCUGUAAAUUUUAAGAAGAGUUGUCAGUCAUUAAGUGUAGAAAAUAUGAUAAUCAGAAGUCCAUUGUGACUGCCAGUUGUGAUCCAAAUUACAUGAUAAUAUAUUCUAGUUAAUCAAAUAUAAGAAAAAAAUCUUGCACAUGGAAGGAGAAUACACCGUUCUUUGGACAGUGUAAUAUAUUUUAAUCCAAUGCUGUUGGGAACAUGUGAUAUCCACUGUACUGUUGCUUUGUAAAAUGUGUUUACACAUAGAUAGCACCACAAGUGCACAGCCACCAAGGAUUCAAUGAAUGGACUUGAUCUUACCUGAUUUCCCCCUUCUUUGAGUUUUUGGGAUUUGUUUUCUAAUGCUGUUGUUAUUGUUAUUGAGAUUAUAAUCAUGAUAUUAUUAACAAUACUAGUUGCAAUAUAAGUUAAGAAUAAUUCCAAAAAUUGAGGAAAAUGGUAAAAAGAUGAGAUAGGUAGGACUAGUGAUUGACUACUUUGUGAAGCCAUUUAUGAGUAAACACAAUUUGUAAACUAAACUCACACUGGGCAUGGUAUGUAUGUGCAUGCCAGCCCCAGCAACAUCGGGUUGAAUUAAAAUUUGCCCUAAUGUUUGUAUUCUGACAUUACAGUUUAUAGUUGAUCUAUAGAUAUUUAAUUUUAUACAGUGAGAUGUAAGAAGUCAGGUUACCAUUUUUAGUUUAUAAUAUCCAGAAAUAAACAUAGUGUGAUGUUAUGAACUCUGGUUAAAUACAGAAAAGUUAGCUAUUAUUUUAACAGCAUGUGAAAAAUUUUGCUUGAAAACAUUUUUGAUAACAGAGAAAAGGAAAUUUGGAGAAGUGCAACUCAGUCCUAACAAGAGAGAUGGACUGCUGAACAGAAGGGAAUACUAUUCCAUUUUUAGUAAAUUAUUGGACUAUAUAUUGUAUUUAUUUUAUUGGCUUUAGCAAAUGCUAAUGGAUAAUUUGAUUGUUAUCUAUUUUGUUUAUAUAGUCAAUAGAAAUAGGUGUUGUUUCCAAGUCGUUUUUUUUUUUCUUUUUUUUUACAGAAAUAGUAAAAAUAUUUCAUCUAGUACACUUCUUUUUGCAUAAUUUAUAAUUCUAAUCUUGAUUAUUUAAAGUGAAGGGAAAGCAUCUCCCACAUCCUUGGUUCUUCUGAAUUUAUUUUAGUAACAUGCAUUAAUUAUUGGUAAGAUGAUUCCAUUUUGAAUAGAUUAUAGAUGAAUACAUAUAUCUUGUGAUCCAUAUGGCAGAAUUAGAUGUAUUUAACCCCUUGGAUCUGGGUGACUUGACCUUCAUGUCACGAAGAAAUUUGGCUGAGAGCUGGAUGAUGGGAAUAUGUUGUCAUAAGUGCACAAAGCUCUUGGAGUGUGAUAAGACUCAGUGGGCAUUUAGGAAGGGGCUCUAGCAUUGUUUCCAUCAGUAAAUGAGUUUGGAAUCUACCAUUUGUGAGCCAUGACUGGGAUAGUGCUGGCUACAGUGAGGACACUAUUUUUAUGGUCAGAGUCCUUAUUCUGACAUAAAUGACAAUGUUAUUUAUUGUUCUAUGUAUUGCACAGAGAUAUUAAUUAACUACUUAGAGAGAUGACAUGGAAUCUGUGCAAGGCAACCAGUAUAUUACCUUCUUGAUGCAGCAUAUCAAAUGACAAAUAUAGAUCUUGAAAGAUUGGAAAAAACAACAAAAAAACAUUGCAAAGGAAUGUUUGUGUUGCCUGGGCCUACAAGACACACAUGGGAGAGUUGCCACUAAAGUAAGCUUAAUGGCCAGAUUUUGGGCCAGGUCCGGGCAGCGAGGCACCCGGAUCUAGUGGGUUAAGCAUGCAGUAGUUUUAGUACUACCAUGUGCUCUUUCAUCAACCUUUUUAUGCUUUGCCAGAUCAUAUUAUUUGUAAGUAUUUACAUGCAGAAAAGUAGUAAUUUAAAUAGCCUUCAAUAUUCAAUUUGGUAUAGAAAACUGACUGGUGUAAAUAGUAAAGACACAAGCAGAUACCAUAUUUUAUGUUCUUGAAUUAUUCUGAUAUUUCCCUGUUACUUUCUUGCUUUGUUCUCUCUCUUCUCUUUUCUUUAGUCUCUACCUUUGUAUCUCUUGUUUUCUUUAUCCCAGCCUCUCAUUUUUUAUUGUUAUUAUUGUACUGUAGAAGUGGCACUGGGUUAUUUAGUGUGUGUGGUGUAGAUCAUUCUUGGGUGUGUUUUUACUUAAAGCUGCAUUGAAUAAUUUUAUGUAAUGUUUUGCUCAUAACUUUAAUGAUAAUGAAAUGGCAUCACAAAUUAUUGAGAAUACUCUUGUGAUUCUUGAAAUAUGGACUUUUGAUAAACAGAUGUUUUUAUGAUCUUAAUAUGAUUAUGAAUCUGCUGUUAAUCUCAGUGUAUGUGUAUGCAAGUAUGAGAGCUAGGGCUUUAUUGGUUUACUUAACUUUUCCAUGAUUUUGAGAAAUGGUGUUGAUUGAUUUAGCCUUUGUAUAAAUGAUUUGAUGUGAAAAAUUAAUAAUUUUUUAAAAAAUUUAUGUAAGUCUGUUGACUUCAGCCUUGCCCCUUCCUUCGUUUAGCUCUUAAAUUUUGGAAUAGAAUUUACCUUAAAGAGUACAGUCAGGUUUGUAUUAAAAAUGAUUCAAGAAAUUGGUUAAAAUUAACCCCCCGAUUACUUUUUCAUUGUACCUAAUCUUUACACCAUUUACUAAUCCCAUACUCUCUAUUAAGAUGUAGUAAAUAUUGAAAAGAAGAGUGAUGCAACUGCAUCUUAACUGCUUUAACCCCUUACCAAUGGGAAAGCCUAUAAUUGGGUAACCUCUAACCAUCAUUAGUUGGUCUUGCACUAGUUCUCUGGAGCUCCCAGAAAGGCUACCUGGCUGGCUGCAAGCAGCAAGGAUCAGGUGAACUGCUCUGACAGAUCCCAUUAGAAGUGCUGAAGAGUGAAUUUUUGGACUGGUGUCAAGGGGGUAAAGUCUAAAGAUUAAUAGAAAUAUGGCAUUGAAAGUAAGAUGCAUAAAUCUUCAUAAGGUUUGGUAUCACAACUUUAUUUAUCAGUUUAAUAUAAUCAGAAAAUGGUAAUUGUUUUUAGUUCAAUUGUAAAAAAAUAAUGAAAGAUGAGUUGGUUAAGACAGUAAUAUGAAAAAGAUAAGAUACUUAUUCUUUUGUAUAUAUAUUUUUUUCAGUUGUAGGGUUUUUGGUAUUUCUUGCAACUCAAGGGUUUUGAGCUAAGAUGGUGCUGGAAGAGACAAUGUACUUUUUUUUUAUAUUCCUUUGUUGCUAUUUUUAAUUCUGAUCUGUGCACAGAUGAGGUAGUUUGUUUUUUAAAUGUGAUUUUUGUGAGAUUUAAGUCUUAUGCAUGUGUCGAAUAAUUAAAUUACAAGCUUUCUGUAUAUUGUUGACCAGUAUGAACAUUCCUUACCUUAUUCCGUAAUUGAGUUCUGUGAUCUCAUUUUCUUUUGAAAAAUUCUGCAAUAUUUAGAAUUCCACACUUUAUUGCAUGAACAUUUUCAUACAUUUUGUUUUUUUGUAUUUUGUGUGUGUGUAUGGGAUGAAGGAUCUGUAAGUAUAAUGUGCAUAAAACUUGAAAGUCCUUAUGAUUUAACACAAAAAAAUGCUCAUGAGUAGUUACACCUCUUGCACCUAAGCAAAUAUACUUUCAGUGAUAUCACUGUAUUUGUUUUCUUUUGGUGAUCCAGCAAUGAGAGCAGGGCUAGUGUAUGGUAAAAUGUCUAAUUUUCUUUAAAAAAAAGGGGGAAAAUGAAAUAGAUAAAUAUAUGUAUAUUAGGGGGAUGCAUUAGGAGAUUCCAAGUGGAGGUUUUAGUAUUUUUCUUGUCAUAAUGUAUUUGGUCAAAUAUGGAUUUUUUUGUGAUAAUAUUCUGCUAAAGUUGUAAGAAAAGAAACAAAGCAAAAACAUAUCUUUUUCUUUUCUUUCUUUUUCAAACUGAGAAUUUGAGGUAAUUAUUUUUUGGAACUGUUGAUAAUAUUGAUAUUAAAAUUCUGUAUAUUUUCUUAGGCAUAACAUUUUAAAGAAAUGAAUUUGAGUAUUUUUGGUGGACGAUCUGGGAAAUAAAUAAAAUUGCAGAUCAUAGAUAGGAUGGUAAAUAGCAAUACUAAUACUUAUAAUGUUUUAAAUCUUUGAGUUUGAGAGAUAGUUAUUAUUGUUACCAAUGCCAGGUAAACAUAGGAAUUGUAAACACUUUCAAAAUAAUUUUUCUUUUGCACACAUAUUAGUUCAGACAUUCUGAGAAUUAAUUUAACCUAAGUUACAUACUAUGUUCUUUGUUUGUCUGUGCUGAAUUAAUUUAUAGGAAAUGGUUUACCUGUCAAAUAUGGAGUAUAUCACAAGCCAAUAAUUGUAAUUCAUAAGAUUCCUUAGCAUUUGGCAUGGUCUCCUUUACUCUAGGGUUUUCCUUCUGAUGUUAAAUCAUUAAGUAUAUGAAUUUAUUAAAAGAAAUUAUGAAGCAUUUUACUUGGAGGCCUGGAGAGAAAUAGCAGAACACAAAAUAUAAAUUAUAUAAAAAAAGGUGCAUUGGUUCCUUUCAAUGUAAAUACCAUGUGUGUGGUUUUUGCCUCUUACCUUUAUUCCUUCAGUGAAGAAAAGCAAUAAAUGUUACAUUAAAUUUCCAUGUGCAAUAUCAGUAUCGGUAUUAGGUAAAUUUAUUACUGUGUGCAUUUUUAUUUUUUUCUUUAAUUUAUUUUUUAUUUUUUUAUUUAAUUUAUUUUUUAUUUUUAUGUAUUCAUUUAUUUAUUUAUUUAUAAGCUAACCAUAUUCACCCUAAAAGAUUUACACUGUUGUCAGAAUCUGCUAUUUAUAGAUGUUUAAACUUAAAAUGCAUUGAUUCUGCAUCUUCUACCUUUUUAGUUCUGAAUACAGAAUUUUAAAAUUGUAAAAAUAAAUUCUGUAGGAUAAGAUGACACUAUGAAAACUACAAUGUUAGGUGAUUCCGACGAUUAGCAUGGGGACGGCAGAUAAAGUAGGUCUUUCACAGAACAUACAGGUCUAUGGUAAGGACAUGACAAUCAUUUAUUAAUAACUAGUUUUUCCUGUUAAUUUAUCCAUUAAUUUUAUUCCAUAUACUAAAUAUAAAGUAACUAAUUGAGGUUGAAAUAUUCCACUAUAUGAUGAUUACUGAUUGCAUUUUGAUAUUCUAAUACAGAGAGUAAUGUACAUGCACUACCUACACCUUUCCUGCACAUACUGACAAAUGCACAUGCACUUGACAUGAUAUUUCUCUAAUUUUUCUGUGAUAAAACAUGAAAUUUAUUUGAAUAAUACACAUUCCUAAGGUUGAGUGUGGCUUAGGCAGUGGCAUCUGUGAAAGUGGUUUAAUUUUAUACUUUCAGGCAUUUAUCAGCAAAGGCUAAAAAUGUUGCUUGCAUUUUCACUUUCAAAUUGUCCUGUGGAUUACAGUGAAGAGAAAUAAAGAUAUUUUUAA